UUUUGCUACUUGACGCUCGCGAGGUGUAACAACGUCGAGAGAUCUAUCACCGUAACCUAUCAAGAUCAAGAUUUUCUCGUGUUUACAGUAAUCUAAGCACCUGUCGAUUAAAACGAAAUGCACAUGGUACGAACUACUUGACAUCAAACGCUCCCGUUCAAGAUGGCUGCCGUUUAGCAUAGAUAACAAGCUAUCAAUCAGCAACACAAAAUAUGGCUGAACCCAACCAUAGCAUAAUGAGCACUAAGAUUGAGAAAAUACAACAAAGUGAUGGCAAUAACCCCAGCUUUGGUUUUGUGGUAACAGAGGGAACGGAUCAAGGGGAUCUACAGUCACAAGGUGGCAGAGUCAGAAACCUCUCCCCUCAAUACCAGGGGGCAGGGGGCUAUACUAGUGAAAAUGUAGAUACAAACUUCAACAUGGAAAUGGACAAUCACCCUGGAAGUGGGCCAGAAAACAUGACAUCAGACCUCUUGGGUUCCCCAGAAAUUCAGAUCCAUACCCAGGGAAUGUCUUUGUCAACCUCUACAGUGGUCAGCUCAGGAUCAAUACACUCAACCAGUAAUGAGCACAUGGUGCCCCCUGUUAUACAGGUUACGGGAGUCAACGAAGAAACACAGGCAUAUACUGGAGGAGAGGACUCCUCAUCAAAUGCAUCCCCCUGUAUGAUCUGUAAUGAUCGAGGUUCAGGCUACCAUUACUCUGUCUUUUCCUGUGAGGGGUGCAAGGGGUUCUUUAAACGCAGUGUGCAGAAGAAUCUAGUGUACACCUGUAAAAACGAAGGGAACUGUGUCAUCAACAAGUUCACCAGGAACAACUGUCAGUACUGUCGUUUUGUUAAGUGUACACAGAUGGGCAUGAAAAGAGAAGCCGUGCGAGAGGACAGAUCCCCAGGAGGGAAACACCGAAACAAGAAGCCACGCCUAGAUGAAAUUCAUGCUAUGGUCAGUUCAGAUGGGGAGGUGUUAUUUGUUCCAGGGACCCAGGAGCCAAAGGUUUUAGAAUCAUUUGAAGACCCCAUAACAGAAGGCCUUAUUAAUGCCCGACCAGAUUUGAUUCCAAGGGUUGAUGGAAAUAUAUGCCUACAAAGUAUGGGCAUUAAUCAACUGAUGCAGUAUGGUUAUGCUGAACUGAAAUACAUUAUCGACUGGGCAAAGAAAGUUCCUGGUUUCUCAGAUUUGCGACUGGAAGACCAGAUGGCCCUGCUGAAAUCCUCUUUUAUGGAACUGAAUGUAUUGAGAUUGUCCUACAGGUCAAUGGAUACAGGGAGCUGUAUAAAGUUUGCUGAAGGAUUAAAGGUACCCAUAGAGCUGGCUCAGAAGAUGGGAUGGGGAAAGGAGCUGGUAGCAGCCACUGUAGAGUUUUCUGCCCGACUGAAGGAGCUGAAUAUCGACAAAGUGGAAUUCUGUAUCCUGAAUGGCAUUGUAUUGACUUAUCCAGAUGCUCAAAACUUGGUGGAAAAGCAGAAAGUCAUUCUACUACAGACCCAGAUUUUGGACAGAUUGCGUAAAUAUCACAAUCACAAGUAUCCCGGCAAUGUGAAAAGAUACGGAAAAAUGCUUCUACGACUGCCAUUCCUACGUACAGUCAGUGCAAAAGCAGCAGAAAGGUUUCUGUCCUUGACACUGGAUGGAACACUGCAGCUAAAUGAACUUGUGUUAGAAAUGAUAAACUGAUCAUUAUUCCCCCUGCAAACAAAGUUUGGUGGUGUAUGUUGGAAUUAACCUGUCCGUCAUGACUUUUGUCAAGGUCAUAGUAGUUAUAUCUUUGCAAUGUUAAAUUAGAUCCUCAUUCUUAACGGUGUGACAUGAAUGAAUCUAACUCGAGGUCAUUUGUCCAGUCAAGGUUACUAGGAAUUGCAUUUUUUCCCAAUGCCGUGUGUUGCUUUUUAGAGCUUUACUGUGUCACUCAGAUUUGCAUUUCCUUUUUUUUAUACUCUGUGAAUAUAUUGAUAAAAAUCGAGAAUUGAAAAGGCAUGAAUGACCUUGAAGCACACAAUAUUUCAAAUAUGUCCAAAUAUGAAUUAGCCUAGCAGAGGUAUCAGUGCCAUUAGGACAGGACCAAAGUGUGUACAUCAGUGUUGUGUAUUUUAUCCUGUGCUAUUACAUGGAAGCUGGGUUUCUUAUUUGUGUUAUGUUACUGUGUAUGUAUAUAAAUUGGUGAUUGAAGGAGAGGUAAAUGAAGUAAAAUUCUAUCUUUAAAAUUCUGUACAGAUAUAUAAGCUCUCUUGAAGUUGGCAGCAAUGAUUCUAUAUAAAAGUACUCCAUACAAUUUGUACAAGUAUAUUGAUAAUUAAUUUUCCUUUAUUCAGAUUGAAAAGAAUAAGUGUGUUUGUAUUAUAUACACACGCACGUUUUUUUUUACGCCCGUCUUUAGGCGUGACGUAUUAUGGUAUGGCAAUGGUGUCUGUUUUGCUUGGUGUCCGCCUCUUAACUUGAAUACUGUGAGACAUAUAAUCAUCAAACUUUUUCAGCUGAUACAUCUUGGGUAGAGGGUAGGUUGCACUUUAAAGUUAUGUCUUUGUGACCUAUAAUUAAGAUGAUAUGGCCAUAUUUUUGUGCUCAUGUAGAUUUGAGUCCUAGAAUCAACAAACUUUGUCAAUUUGUGCAUCUGUAUAGAAAUGUAAAUUGUUACGUAGCUUAAAAUCAGGCUAUUAAAACUUUUAAAAUGGUAAGAAUUUUUUAUAAAAAGCCAACAUUUUAAGGGAGGUAAUUCCUACAUGUUAGAGAGUAAUGCAUUAACAUUGUUCAAUAAUUACACUUUUUUCAUAAGAAUGUUGCUACAUAACAAUUGAUAUGAAUACUUAAUUUGUUUCUAACAUUAAUUAUAGAAAUAUAUGCUGUAUUGUACUACAAAAUUUGCACAAAGACUUAACAAGCACAUCACAGAACAGAUAGAGGAAUUGUUUCAUGGGAAUGAUGAUCUAAGAGCACUUUAAUCUGUCUGUCCAAUUAAGAUACCAUUAGCCCCUAGGGAGUAAGCCAUGGUGUUUCAGGGUUCAACUGGAGAUUCAAAGAUCAUUUUGAUAAGAACUAAAUUACAUCGGUCCAGUUAAAGAUUAAUUAAUGAGUACACUGUAUAAUCCUACCAUGUGAAAGAAAUUGUCUAAAUAUUUGUAUUAAAAUGGAAAUAUGUAUCAAAAUAUUUCUGUAGUUAUUUGAACAAUUCAAGAGAUACUUGUAUAUUGACAAGUCAAUUGCAAUAUGCAAGGAAUAAUCUUGAUUUACCUCAUAUCUAAAAGCAAAGAUAUUGGUCCCAAUCUUUGACCAAUUAAGGUUGACAUGAUUCUGUGUCAUGCACUUUUAUCUAUUUUUAAUGAAUAAAUAUCUGACGGGCGUAUUAUGUGCCAUGGUGGUGCACUUUAUUGUUAUUUAACCUGCGUUUGGUCCAUAAAUACACGUAAAUCAAAGUUCAAGUACAGUAAAAGGUUACAUAACAGAAACUGUCAAAAUUACUUAAGUACAGGUACCUGUAUGUCUGUUAUGUGUUUGAUCUAAUUCCACUGUGCAGAUGGUAUUUAUAGUGUUCAACUCCAUGUCCAAUUUAUCAACGAACUAACUAGUUUGUAGAUGUAGUGAAUCGCUAAGGUUUAGCAUUGCUCUAUAUCUGAGAUCUCGUCUUGUUGCAUUCAUCAACCAGACAUCGUUUUGUCAAAUAUUCAAUUUGUUCACCGACUUAUUCAAAAUUAUUGAUGAGAACAAUGAUAGGAAUGAUUUUGAUAGUGUCUUAAUGAAGUAGAAAUUAGGAAAUGUUAAAAUUAUUUAUGAAAACUUAAUUUUCAUGGCAAGACAACCCAGGAAAUUAAGGUUUCAUGAAUAUUGUGAUAUAUAGUAAUAUUAAUAUUUUUGAUAGUGUCUUAAUAAAACAAAUAUUGAUGGUUACCGGAAUUGUUUAUAUUGUUCUCCAGAUGAUCUGUUUAAUACAAGUAAAUCAUGAGUUAUGACAAUUUUGGAGAAAUGAUAUGUUUGUUGUUAAUUUAUUUCUGACGAUUUUUAAAUUUUGUAUACGAAUGUCCCAUGAAUCGUGUUGGUUUUCAUUGUAUUAACUGAUGAUAAAUUUUCAUAAACUGGACCCCUACUGUAGGUGCUCUGUUUUUCCUUCCUUGCAUCUAACAGCAGACAAUCACAAGCUUUAAUCUUUUGUAAAGGGGAUUUCAUUCAUCUAUUUAUAUACAUUAUUUAAAGAGUUCAUAUGACAAAACUAGUUAAAUUUUAUGUUUUUGGAUAUUGUAAAAAAGGGACAGAUUUUUACCAGCAACUCUGUAAUGUGUUUUUGAAUUAUUUCAUAUUCUAAAGAUUUUUGUGUUAUUACAUCACCCAGCUUAUAAAAAUAGCAGUUAAAAUACACAUUCUGGAGUUCUUAUCCAAUUUUGUGAUGUGGAUAUUUUCAAAUUGUGCAAUUACUCCUAGAGUUUAUUUCUGUGCAAGAGACGGAUAUGAUGAAAGAGUAGAUGCACGUUGCCUAGUAUAUCUUUACGUUUAAAUUAAAGCGGAUUUGCAUUCACUUCUGAAAUGUAGAGCAAAGAACAUUAACCUGGAGUUACGCUGACGUGAUGCAUUUUUUAAAACAGACAAAUACUUGUAUUACUGCAAUUCUUUAUGAAAUUUUUACUGUAAGUGUAUUGAUUUGAAAUAAAAGACAUGAAAUGUUAAGAUCCUUCAAUAACAUAAACGUUUGUAUGUAA